GUCGGAUCUGUUGUGGGACUAAUAGAUGGUCCGAAACACUGUGGAAAGACGUCCGCGGAUAUAAAAUGAAGGCAGCGAUACCCUGCGGCUGAAGACACAAAUACGGAAAGAGACAUGGCGAAACACAAACAAGCACAUGGAGGAAACAACACCCAUACCUUCUCUUCCUCCUCUUUAGGCUGAUCGCCUUGAUGUCCCGUUGGCAUCGUCGUGAACAAGGCCAGCCGUGUGGAUGGCGUGCAGGGCCGUCAGGACCGACUUGAUGAGCCGGCGAGUGCCGUCAGGGGGGAGCUGCAGACGGGCGAGGGUCUGCUGGAUGCGGUGCAGCUGCCGCUCGUCCCUGCCCGACGACGCCAGGCCGACGCGGAUGUGGAAGAGGUCCUCGAGGGUGAUGGACCCCCUCCACAACUCGUCAGCAGUGGUCGGUCCCUCCAGCUGCCGCCGCUCCUCGUCCUCGUCGCCGCUCUCCUCGGCCUUCUCGUCCGCUCUCCUCGCCUCCUCAGCCGCCUUCUCCUCCCACAUCUCGCGGAUCUCGUCAGGCACCCAGUCGUCCUCCUCACCCUCAUCACCCACCCACCUCCUCCUCCUCCUCCUCGUCUCGGGGUGGCGCCGCUGGCCCGUCGUCGUCGGAGUCGCUGUCGUCGCCAAACCCCGGCUGUGGUGGCGGGGGUGGGGCGGAUGGCCAUCAUGUGCGCUCGUCCUAAUGUGCGAGAAGCGCACCGUCUGGCAACACCGCAGGCGUUUGAGCGGCCCCGAUUUCUUGUCGCGGGUCGAACAUGAGUUGCAUUGUUCAUCCAUGGCGGCACUCGAGAGCUGACAAAUCGGGCACACGGCAUCGUCCCAGCCGUCGUCGCUCUACCCACCAACAGCAACACAUGACAAGGUAUCACUCUUCCUAUCUCUCUGCGUGUCUGUCUGUCUGUCCAUCUCUGUCUUUCUGUCAGUGUGUCCCGCUGCAUACCACGGUCGGUGCGUAUCUUUCGAUGCACGGGUCGCACAUGCGGUGGUUGCACACCAGCAUUGCCUGUGGUAUACACAGCACACAGCGUCAGUAAAUCCAUCGGUGGACGCCCUGCAACGUGUGGUGCGGUGUGGUGUAGCAUCAUUCACCUGGGUGUUGCACGUGCUGCAGUCCCCCAGGAAACGAGCGAGAGGGCCAAACCGCGGCGUCCCAGAGCUACAGACACGCACAGAGGUACCAUGAGUGUGCGUGAGAGGUGUGGUGUGUGUUCCUGUCAGGUGUGUACUGGUAGAGUAUGUCGUAGUGGCCUGGGCGAUGCAACAGGGUGAUCGUCCUGGUGCCUGGGCGCCUCAGGUGCUUCUCUGGGUACUCCACGAUGGCCAGCAACUUGCGGUCCUGAGUGACGUAUAAGACAUGCUAAAACAGUAGCAUUCUACUUGUUUUCUUCUCACUUACCAGAUAAACGAUGUCGAUGUUGACCCCGAAAUGCGCGGCCGCCGCAGGGGCUACAAUUCCCGCCUCAGCGUCCUCAUCUGACACACAAUACACAGAGAAGAGAAACACCACGCACAGAUAUCGGCGACUGCACAGACAGACAGGUCCACCCCUCCUCCCUCUCUGUGUGUUUCCUCACCCAUCGGAAGCACCACGUUGUUGACGAACUCCUCAAUACUGACGAAGUUCUCCUCUUCGUUGUCGGCGGCUGCCGACGAUGACGAGUCGGUUUUGGACUCUUGAUAUGUCUGCCCGCCGGCCUGCACCGGCUGAUCGGCGUUGGUACGCAGGUACUUGGCCACCACCAAACGCACCAUCAGCACUGAACGAACGAAUGAAGCGACACAAGCGGAUGGAGAGCGCAGACACACCAGACCACACACGCUGAGCCUGCCGGUUGCUUGGUAUGUGUGUGUGUGUGUUUGCGCCUCACUCACCAAGGUCGCGGUCCAGUUGGAUGUUGGUCAUCAGCUCAUGAUACCUCUUGUCACCACGAAGGCCCUGCAAGCUGCCGUACUGACUCGUAAGGCCGUUGGACUGCAGCAGGUCAUCGGGGAUGCGGAAGAAAUUGCGCGCCCGAGAAAAACAAUUUCCUGUGUACACAAGACACAGACAAUCCCACCUGGUGGAUGGAUGGAUGGAUGUGGCCUCACCUUCUCCAUAGCCCUUUGCCACCAGCGUGUCGAUGUUUCUCCGGUGAUCCGGGCUGGCCUCGCGGCCCCUCACCUCAGCCCUCUCGGUAUUGGUUCCCCCUCCACCACAUCUGGCUGCGCCUGCACACCGGUGGCCUUGCCCUGUGGGUGCGCCCGGACGGCGGCGUCUCGCACGCUGCGUUGGACGGCCGAGGGGGGAGGGAGGGGGGAGAAGGCGAGCGUGAGGGUGAGACAGGGGCUGAGGACGGGAUUUGCGAAGGGGAGACCGACGCCGAGGCCGGGCUCCCCGACGCCGUGGACGGCUGGGCUGGGCUGGUCACCGCCUCUAGUUGCUGAUAUGUGCAACACAAACGAACGAACAAAGCACAUGUGUGUUGGGUGUGUGCGCAUGAAUGGUAUACGUAUUGAAGAGUUUUGUGCCCUCCUGACACGCAGACAGACAGACAGACAUGCAUGCAUCCAUGCGCCUCUCCUCCUAUCGUGUGGCGCUGUGAUGUGACGUCUGUACCAGUAGCUCCUCGCUUCCCUUCCUGACCUGGGCGAUUAUCUUCUGGGCCACCUCGAUUGCCGUCUUGAUCCGAAAGAUGGUGGUGAAGAUGGCCGAGACCUGCACCGCACAAACCCACACAGAGCCACCCGCAUGGUCCUUAAAGCCGUUCGUCCGUCCGUGCUUACAUCUGGAUCCUUGUCAAAGAUGUUGAGGUUGAGUUCCUUGGCUUUGGUCUCGGCCUGGCUCGAAAUCUCCGUCAACUGCUUCGCCAACCUACACACAAACACACACACACACAGACACACGGACACACAGACAUUCCAGUCAGUCACAUAGGACAAACGUGUGGAUGCGAUUUUUUUCAUCGCUGGGUGGCUUCUCACUCACAUCUUCUCACGAGCCGGCAGCUACCCACAGCACCCAGACACAGAACUGUCGUGUUUCUGUGCGCGCGCCUGUGUGUAUGUGUUGUGUGUAAGAGGCGUGAACCGGGAAGUAGCGGCCGUCUCCGUCGAGAGGGGAGGGUUGGGAAAGGCCGGGGCGAGCCACACACGACAAAAACCAGCCGACAAGACGAC